AUGCAAGUUAUACCAUCGUAUGCUUUCCAGGGAUUAAGCACUGGAACAUUAAAUAUAAACUUGAUUAACAAUGGCCUCAUAGAAGUACAAAGCCAUGCAUUUAAUGGAACAGAUUUAGAUCAUCUCAACCUUACAGGUAACCAGAACCUACAAAAAUUGCACGAAGAUGUUUUCGUGGGAGCAACUGGUCCAACAGUUCUGGAUAUUUCCAGAACUGGUAUCACUGCACUUCCGAUUCACGGCUUGAAAUCUAUUAAGAAGCUCAUAGCUCAGUCGACCAAUAACUUGAAAAAGUUACCACCUCUGACCAACUUUGUUGAACUAAGGGAAGCCAGUAUGACAUACUCGAGCCACUGCUGCGCCUUCGAGAAUGAAAAUGCUCAGAAGAAAAAGGAUGAGGCAUGGUUUGACUCGAAUGAAGACGAACCAUUUUUUGAUUAUGGGCUAUGCUCCGAUAUAGUAGAUGUGAUCUGUAAUCCAAAAGCAGAUGACUUCAAUCCAUGUGAAGAUAUUGUGGGUAAAGAUAUUCUACGAGUUAUAAUUUGGCUCAUGAAUAUUCUUGCUAUUAUAGGGAAUGUUGUUGUUCUCGUAGUUUUAUUAACCAGUAGAUAUAAACUUACUGUCCCUCGGUUUCUCAUGUGCAAUCUUGCUUUUUCUGACUUUUGCAUGGGCCUUUACUUGUUGCUCAUUGCUUCUGUAGAUAUCCAAACAAAAGGCCAGUAUUAUAACUAUGCUAUAGAUUGGCAGACUGGUGCUGGUUGUGCAUCUGCUGGAUUCUUCACUGUUUUUGCCAGCGAGUUAUCAGUGUACACACUUACUACAAUCACACUGGAAAGGUGGCAUACAAUUACUUAUGCCAUGCAGCUGGAUAAAAAACUCCAUCUGAGGCAUGCCAUUGUUAUCAUGUGUGGUGGUUGGGCAUUUUCUUUCAUUGUUGCAAUUCUGCCUCUUUUAGGAAUCAGUAACUACAAGAAGGUUAGCAUCUGCCUUCCUAUGGACAUAAACUCACCAGUGUCUCAGGCUUAUAUCAUUUUCAUUUUGCUACUGAAUGUGAUUGCAUUUUUGAUCAUUUGUCUCUGCUAUAUUAAAAUCUACCUAACAGUUAGAAACCCCAACUUUAUCUCUACAAAUGGUGAUACAAAAAUUGCUAAGCGAAUGGCUGUGCUAAUCUUCACUGAUUUUAUUUGCAUGUCACCGAUAUCUUUCUUUGCUAUUUCUGCGGCAUUGAAGGUCCCUUUCAUCACCGUGUCUAGUUCCAAGAUACUUCUGGUUCUGUUUUACCCAAUAAAUUCUUGUGCCAAUCCCUUUCUGUAUGCAUUUUUUACAAAGACCUUUCGUCGAGAUUUCUACAUUCUUUUGAGCAGGUUUGGUUACUGUGAAAUGAAAGCACAACUUUACAGGACAGAAACUACAUCGUCAAUUCAAAAUUCCAAUGUGAGAAAUGGUGCUUUGGCCUCGGCAUCACAGGUUGGGCAAGGUACAGUGUACACAGAGCUUCUGGUAGCUACUAAUCGCCAACAGUGUGGAGCUCACAACCUCAAUUCUGAAGAGUCCCACCAAACACUUACAGGAAUCUAUGCUGUUAACUGAUCGUGUAUAAACUUUCCUGAAGUAAAUUUGUUUUGUUAAUCUUGAAGAAAGUAACUUUUUCCUGGAGAAUGCCUGAUAUCUUCUUGUUGAAUUACUGAGAACUUGAAAUCUAUUGUCAAAUAUGCCAGCAUCAAACUUGAGAUUCUGGCAAACUUUGCAACUGA